AUGGAUUCUGCUGUCGCAACAAACGGCACAGCCGUCCCACCUCCACAGCGUCCAGCGUCUCCGUCUUCCUCGCAGCCCCCAGCAGGAGCAGCAGCAGCAGGAGCAUGCGGAUCGCCAAAUUCUGUAUCGGUAAGCAGCAAUCAACUCAGCGCAAGCGAGGAUAAUGGCAACAGCGAGAGCUGUUACGUAGUAAGAAUGGGCCUCUGCGCCCACGUGCGCGCUAAGAACGCGCAGGCAGCAGCAGCAGCAGCAGCAGAUGCUGCAGCAGGAGCAGCAACAGAUGCCGAGCCCUCAGAUACUGCAAAAAUCGGGUCUCUCUACAUCAGUUCCGUACCUGCCCAGCAGCACCAGCCCUGCCUCGAGCACAGCCCCGCCCAUGACGAACACCAACGCCAACACCGACACCAGCACCAGCAGCAGCAGCAGCAGGUAACUCUCAAUUCCCCGCAGCGCGUGUCCGGGCCCCCACCAUCUUCUUUUUGUACCAUUCGCCUUGAGAAUUCAGCUGCCUACGCAGCGGACAGCGCGGCGACGGAGGCGGUGGUUGGCGCUGUUGCCCGCGCAGCAGCAGCAGAGGUAUCUUUAGCAGCAGCAACAGCAGGGGGCGGAUCAGCAGCAGCAGCAGCAGCGGAAGGAAUCGCUUCUGAGACUUCCUCCGUUUCUGGAGACCCCCUCCAGAGCCAUGAUGGCCCCUCGAGAGAGACAGCAGCAAAAGGAGUUGUGGGGAUUGAUCUGCCGGACUUAGAACAUAUUCCUGUUGCUGUUCGUGUUCCCCCUUAUGGGGAGCAUCUGUGGUAUGAGUUGAAGCAACUGAAGCAUUUCUGGCGAUGGGAUAUUCAUCAACGAGAUUGGAGACAGAUACUUGUCUGUUCAUAUUUCCCCAACAUCAUUGAUCCUGCCCUUCUUACGCUGCUGCGAAUCUGUUGCUGCUUCUCCGUGCUGCUGCUUGAGUGCAUUGCAUCUAUUCAAGGAGUUAGAGAAGUAGGAAAGGCACAAAUGCUUUACUUCACUAACUGGAAUAGCCUUCUCGUUGCUGCUGGCUUCCUAUCCCUCACCAUCACGUCCGUCAUUGCAUGUAUCAGCUUCGCUGCACCCAUACAAACGCACCACAGCAACCCUGCAGACACCCAGCAGCACCAGCUACAGAGGCGGCAUCAACUGCAACAAGACCACCACCACCAGCAACCCCACCAGCACCAGCAGCACCAUGAGCAGCAGCACCAGCAGCAGCAGCAGCAGCAGCAGUUGUUGAUGAAUGCAGUUGAGGAUGAGUCUUGUACUUGCUCUGUAAAUUGCAUGCAAACGAGUCCUCCCCCAAUCGCCUCUCGUGAGAACAGCAGCACCAGUUUAGGCUUUUCUGCAGCAGAGUUUGUUGCAGUGGAUGGACGGCAUCCUCGGCCUACUUACAGCAGCAACAAAGCAGCGCUUCUCCCAUGGCUGGUGCAGCAGCGGCAGUACCGCCUGCAGCAGAAACAACAACCAAGGGAUUCCCGCACCCUUUGUCUCGCUCUGCAUGGAUACCGAGACCUCAUGGCAGAUAGCCGCUGCUGCGUGGAAGGCAUCCUCUUCGCCCCCAACCCCAGCAACAAAUCUCAGGUUUGCGUGCCCACAGAAGAAGCCGAACGGGUCCCCCGCAUGCAGUUGCUUCGCAAGAGACGCACCCGGAGCAGCAGCAGCAGCUGUAACAGCAGCAGCAACAGCAACAGCAACAGCAGUAGCAGCAGUUGCUGCUCCCCGCGCAUAGCGCUGCCCUCGCAAACCCCCACCGUGUGGUCUUCAGGACCUACCUGCAGCACCGGCAGCAGAAGCGCGGCGGAACGGGCUCUCAGCAGAUCAGUAGAAUCGGCCCCAGGAGCAGUAGCGCAUGCAGCAGAUACAGCAGAUGCAGCUGUUGCAACGGAUGCAGACGCAGGGAGAGUCAGCCAGCCAGCAGCAACAAGAACAACAAGAGCAGCAGCAGCAGGAGGUAGAGGAGCUGCAGCAGCAGUGGUUACGAUGCCUUGGUUUGUGCAGGUCACGUGGAUAGUGCAUAACCUGCAGCUGGUUUCUUCUCUCGGCGUUGCUGCAGUUUUCUUUUCUUUAUUUAAAGCAGAAAACGUUGACUUCCUUGGGUCGUGGAUUACUGUGUGGAAGCAUGCAGCGUUGGUGUUGCUGACACUGUUGCAUGCAUCUCUUCUCUCUCGUAUCCCCUGUCCUAUGCGGCAUAUGGGGUUUACAAUAAUAUUGUUUAUUUGUUAUUUGACGCUGCAGCUCUGUGUAUAUAUCUUUCAAAUAUCCAAUGGGCAAGGAGGGGUGGGGUACGUGUAUAGAAUAUUUUAUCUGUCUGAGCCGCUGCAAGCAGUCACUGUGCUGUUCUGUAUUCUCUUCUGCUGCUUCCUUAUGCAUCUUCUCCUCUUUUCUAUCUCACGCAAACGGUGUCUCUAUGUAGACCCUCCUCCUUCUGUCUCUGUCACAGCGUUGCAACUAAAACGCAGCAUCAGGUAUGCAGCAGCAGCAGCAGCUGCUGCUGCUGCAGCAGAACAAAUCGCCAACGAAUCCUCAGCAGCAGCUGCUGCUGCCAAUAAUGACGCAGGGAACAAAGACAGCGUUGUCCGACUCAACCUGCAGCAGCAGCAGCUCCCGUUGCAGAAGCAGCAGGAGCACCCUUGCUGCAGCGAUCAAGCCUCCACCGGCAACCCAGACGGGCGGCAGAGCGGCAGCAGCACGGAGCGUGACCAGCAGCAGGCGCAGCAGCAGGUGGAGCAGCAGGUGCAGUAG